AUGGUGUGCUGUUGCCCGGGAGGAAGUGGUAGGUCCAGCAGCGGGGAUAUAGCUGUAGCAGCAGCAGCUACUGCAGCAGCAGAUGCAGCAGCAGCAGCAGCAGCAGCAGCAGCAGCAGAUGCAGUAGCAGCAGCAGCAGAUGCAGCAGCAGAUGCUGAUGCAGCAGCAGCUGCAGAUGCAGCAGCAGAUGGUUCAGCAGCAGCAGCAACGGAAUGGAUAGGGGCCUAA